AUGCGAUCGAAUCCAUAUAUACCGUUAAUCGCUGCCUUAAUUGCCUUACUUUGUAUGGGUAUAGUGGUAGGCACUAUUGCUGUUGCUCUCAUUCCAGUAUAUUUGCAACAAAAGGGAGAUGAUAUUAGCGUUGGUACUAAUUCUAAUCCACAAGUUUACGCUUUGAGUUAUAUAACAAAUUCAAAAAAUCCAACUUCAUACUCAAUAGAAGAUAUGAAUGCAUUGAGUGCACAACUGAACCAAGCAUUGAAUCUAAAGGAAUUGGUCACGAUGACAGCUAAAUAUGUACCACCAACAAGUAGUAACAGAAAGAAAAGAGCAGCAACUGAAUGUGUAAAGGGGCAAAAUACAACAAAUGGUAUAUUUGAAAUGGAAUUCCGAAUUGACUAUUCCAAAGCAUGUCGAACACAAGUGUGUCAACAAAAGUUGGCUGAUCAAGUUAAUUCACACAUUACAAGGCUUUUCCCAUCAAUUAAUCUAUCAGUUAAUUUGCCUAAUGGUACUUCAAUCAGUUUUUCAUUGAGUUUCUGUUCGCUGAAACCAGCUGUUAGUACAACCACGACACAGCAAACUUCAACAACCUACACUACCAAUCUGCCUGCCUCAACUGCAUCAACAGCCACUACAUCAACAACCACUUCUUCGACAACGUCAACGUCAACAUCAACAUCAACAACAACAACAACAACAACAACAACAACAACAACAACAACAACAACAACAACAACAACAACGACAACGACAACAACAACAACAGUAUCACUUUGUUUCAAUGGAAUUAAAGAUCAAGAUGAAACUGAUGUGGAUUGCGGGGGUGCCACUUGCAGUGCACGAUGUGACCUCACGAAAAUGUGUUCCCAAAACUCAGAUUGUGCUAAUACCAACUGUCAUAAAACAUCGAAGACAUGUCAAGCACCAUCGUGUGACGACGGAAACCAGAAUAAUGGUGAAACUGAUGUGGACUGUGGUGGGACACAAACACCCUCGUGUCCUAGAUGUGCUGACGAUGAAACAUGUACGCAAGAUACAGACUGCGAUGAAAUGGUAGUAUUAGCAGAUGGUAGUACUAAGUGGUUAAAAGACACUCAAGUUGGUGAGUUUGUUUGGACUAUGUCCUCCGAUGGAACGCAAACAUAUUUAACUGAAGUGAUGAUGAUAGCAAAUACUCAACGAAACACAACUAAACUUUUCUAUACAAUUGAAACGGAAACUAAUCAUAAAUUGAGUCUUUCACCUGAUCAUUUUAUUCGUGUGAAGCAUUUUGAUUAUUUACCAGCAGAACAAUUGACUUUGAAUCAUUCUCUUUUUGUUGUGAUGAAGGAUGGUUCUAUUCAUUCAUCACGUAUUCGUACAAUAAAUCAGGAAUACAAAACUGGUGUUUAUAAUUUGUUUACACUCGAUGGAACAGCACUUGUUAAUUAUAUUGCUGCUUCUACAUAUAUUAAUAAUGGAUUUGGAUCGCAUCAUAUGAAACAUCGUAUUUACACACCAAUGCGUAUUGGUUAUUAUUUAUCGAAACACUUUGAAUUUCUUCAUAAUAUUUAUGUAACAAAUGAGUACGGAGUACAUUGGAUUGUUCUGAAACAUAUUGAAUAUCGUCAUGUUCUUAUCUUCAUCGAUCAAAUCAUGAUAUCUUCAAUUAACUUUUUUUUAUCGAUUAAAUUUCUUACCAUUUUAUUUGGCGCAAUUUAUAUCAAUAAGAUGAUAAAAGGUUCUCAUUAA